UUCAUGCAGAUUGGCAUGAAGACACAAGGACCCUGCUCCCAACAAAGUAAAGGAUUCAAGACACCCCGCUCCCCAGGAAGACUACACCCUUGGCCCCAGGAGGAUGGAUCCCUGCCAAGAAGGCUUCAGGCUGGGCACCUGAAGCCAGCCAGAUGCAGUCACACCUCCUCUGGCGGCAGCAGCUGGGGGCGGCCCCCGCCUCCAAAUCCCCGCCCAGUGGAGCCUCUCCAGCCAGGGCUGGGCUUCCCCGAGCCGCUCCACCCCUCGACUGGGGCCUGGGAGAGCUCGGAGGUGCGCAGCGGAGAGAGCAGCCGAGACGACGAGUGCCAGGUGGGAGCCGCUUUGGUAACAGAAAUGUCUUCGGAGUCUGCUUCUGCUCGCGAGCGGUCCUCGUCUCCAGGUGCUCUUCGACUCCCGGAAGGGCGCCGAACGAGGGAGCGUUCUCCUUCUCCAAUGCGAGGCUACCUUAUUCCUAGCCCGCUUCCGACUCGGAGGACCCGCACAUGUUCAGCGACGACGAGAGCCUCUGAAGGGCCCACCUACAAGGGGGUGUGUAAGUGCUUCUGCCGCUCCAAAGGCCACGGGUUCAUCACUCCUGUCGAUGGCAGUCCAGACAUCUUUGUGCACAUUUCUGACAUUGAAGGAGAGUAUGUCCCUGUGUCUGGGGACGAGGUCACCUACAAGGUGUGCACCAUACCGCCGAAGAACGAGAAGCUGCAAGCCGUGGAGGUGGUCAUCACGCACCUUGUUCCGGGAACGAAACACGAGACUUGGUCAGGACACGUUAUCAACUCCUAGACCACCCGUUCCACAGCCACUCUAACUGAGGAUGCUGGACUGUUGGUAUUGUUCAACAACUGAGAUUGACCUGAGCCUGACAGACGAGUUUUCUGCGUAUUGAAUGAGGUGCAAACACCAUUGUUCACAGGGGUCCAAAACUGGCCAGAUUAACCCUCUUUUCUUUUCUUUUUUACAAAAAAAUAAAAAUCCAAAGGCACAACACUUCAGGUGGCAAGGAAGAAGGAAUGUAGUUCUGGCUUUGCAAUUUUUUUUUAUGUGUGUAGAUAACCCAAAGGCUUUAGAAAGACUUCAGCAAAAUAUGAUCCAGGUUACAGGGAACUUUGAGCCUUUGAGCCUGUUGACCCAAAAAAGGGGUUUCUGUUUGAGUGGAGAUCAUGCAGGUAAAGGGCUAAUGAGAGCAUCUGUGUAAAUAAUCGCGUGGAGAACUUGUUCUCAUCACACCAGCAUAACUAGCAACAGCAUUGCACAUUUUCCUAUUGUGGUAGCGAUCUGGUGAAAAGUGUCUGGUGGAAUCUGCCUUCAUAGAAUUGCAUGUUAAUUCUUUGGGUGCCUUCUGGGUUUCUAAGCUCAAGGAAGCCCCUUCAACAAAGCAGUAGGGGGAGCAGACACAGUAGUAAAAAUGUUUCGCUUCUCCUGAUUUUGUGCCUGAAAUUUUUAUAGAAGCCACCAUGUGAGGCGUCCUUCCCUGGCUCUCCCUGUCAGGUUCCUACCUGCUCGUGGUUACUGCCUGUCACUAGGCACCACCAGGGACUCCACCAGUCCGGACUGUCCUUUAUUUUAUUGUUUCUCUCCCCACUCUAGCAUAGAUCUCAACAGAUCCCCCUGCUAGGCAACCACCAGUCACGUCCUAAUACUAGUAUUCCCAGAGACUCUGAAUACUGGUAUUGUUAUUCUCUUCACCGCUGCCACCAUUUGUUACAGUUUCUCUUCAGCCUUGGUCAUUACCUUACCCUCCCUUCUGGUCUGUGAAACUCCAGCCAAGGAUCAGGCCUUCGGUAAACCAAAUUAAGUAUUUAUUAAAGAUAACAAAGCUAACAAGAUUAACAAGAUUUCUCUUAAGGCACAUAAGCAUAUGGUUUUACUCAAUACUAAUCCGAACUCCACCUCCCUCCUGGCAAACAACUCUCUAAACCCCACCAAGCAACCCACUCUUUCUCUUCUCCCCCCUAUUCCACAAUUCACCACCUCACAUUCCCCCAGAUUUACCUGUCAUCCUUUCAUUUAUACUGUCAGCCAUUUUAAACAUUCAGCCAAUCAUCAAGCAUUCUAUUGCCCAUUCACUCCCCCUCCUCUUUCACUACUUACCAUGUAUACUCUAAACAACCAGCACUUACCAUAUAUACACUAAUAUAUAGGAACAUCACAGCCACCCCUACCGCCAUCCCAGCGAAACCCCCCCCCCACCCCAAGCUUGCCUCAACUUUUCAUAUAUAAACAUUUGAUAUAUGAGUAUAGUGUCUUGCUGUGGUUGGUUAAUAAUUUGAUUUGAUGAAAAUUCCCUUCUGCUUGCUUAAAAAAAUAAAAUAAAAAACAGCUCUUUAUUUUUAGGUCAUACUGGGCCUGGUUCAUAUGUCACACCAAACCAUGGUUUGUUUAGCAAGCUAAGAAUUAGCCAUGCAUGGUCCCACAGACAAUAAAACAAACCACUGCUUGUUUCCAUAAAGCUUGACUUGCUUUCCAGUUGGCCUUACCUGGUGCCUUUGUAAGCUGGCCAGUGUCUUGGGUUGCAUGGCUAAACAAACCUUGGUUUAGGGUGCUAGUUUCUCAUGUAACGUCAGGCAAACCAAGAUUCAUAUGCCAACAGCAGACUGUGGUUUCAGAUUGUUUGUUGACAGUAAACAAACCAUAGUUAGGACACGGCAGGGUUCAGAUGACCAAACAAACCAUGGUUUAAUAAACCAUAGUUUAAUAAACUAUAGCUUAGUGUUAUGUGCAAAGCAGACCACUGUAUAUACUGUGACCAGGUUUUUGUUCCCUGACUGGUUUAACUUUCGAAUCCUUCUGGUGGGAUUCUUCAGCUGACAAAAUGUAUUAUUACAGUUAGUGAUGUGUGUGUGUGUUUAAUACACACCUAGCUUCCUGCCUCCCAGUAGGUUUGUAGCAAAACUGCAGUUCGGUUUCAUUUCAAUGCCAUGUUUUGUUUUGUUUUGUUGAAUAGAAAAUGUUCUGAACAGUGUGUGUGUGUGUAUGUUUCCUUAAACUUCUUAACAGUUGGAAAUCUUUUGGGAAAACAAAUAAAUAAAAAGGUGGGAGUGAA